UCACUGCAACCACACUAUUUAAUUUCUGUUGGCUGAUCGGCAUGGUCAAAUCUUAUAGCCUAGAUCAGAGAACAGGAAUUGAAGAGAGGAGUCACUUGCCCACAUGAUGCCGCCAUUUGAGAAACCACAACACCCCAAGUCCUUCAAGCAGAGAAAAAGCUUUGCCACGAGAAAACAGGAGGUCGCGGGGAUCCGAACAAAGUUUCCAACUAAAAUUCCGGUUAUAAUUGAAAGGUAUCAACGGGAGAAGUACUUGCCGCCUCUUGAUAAAACGAAGUUCCUGGUCCCCCAAGAACUUUCCAUGACUCAGUUUGUCACCAUUAUAAGAAAUCGUAUGUCUCUGAUGCAGAGUCAAGCGUUCUACCUGCUCAUCAAUAAUAGUGGCCUGGCCAGCAUGUCUCUUACCAUGGCACAAGUCUACAAGGACCACAAAGAUGACGAUGGCUUUCUCUACAUGACAUAUGCUUCUCAAGAAAUGUUUGGUAAUUGUGUUGAGAUCCGCGAGAAGUCAUUGCCAAUUGCUGGAAAUGUCUGAGAAGACCUAAAUUGCAGGAUUGGUUAAUGUGAGGCCUCAGCUUUUGGCAGGCCCAAUAACUGAACUUCGUGUAUAGCUAUAAAGUGCGAUUUAUAUAUAAGGAUAUUUAUUAUUACUUUGGAAAUAUUUUUGUAUUGUUUUUAAGGUAAUAAAUGUUUCAAACUUU